AUGGCGUUCCCAGGCGCAUUCGGCGGACCGGGGAUGAGCGGCGGAGCAGGAGGAAACGCAGGCUUGAGCGAGCAGGAGCAGCAGAUGGUGAAGAUGAUGGCCUACGACACUCCCUUAUCGCCUCAGGGCCAGCAAAUAACCAACCUCCCGGUCCGCGAACAACUCCGCCGAGGCCUCAAAGACAUGGGUUCGAAAUCAUACUCGUCGGCCAAGAACUUCGCCCUCAUCGGUGCGCUUUACAGUGGCACAGAGUGCUGCAUAGAAGGCUUCCGGGCCAAGAGCGAUCUCUCGAACAGCGUCUCUGCCGGCUGCAUAACGGGCGGGAUAUUGGCGCACAAGGCAGGGCCCCAGGCUGCUGUGCUCGGGUGUGCUGGUUUCGCAGCUUUCAGUGCGGCCAUCGAUGCGUACAUGCGCAUGCCGGAGAGCGACUGA